AUGAAGACCCCCAUACGCAAGAUCAACUAUAACGCAGCCGAGUCCUCUGGCCCUGCCACCAUCGAAUGCGAGGAUGGAACGGUGAUCGAGGCGGAUCGUAUCGUUUCCACCAUCCCACUCGGUGUUUUAAAACACGGCGAUGUCGAGUUUAACCCUCCCCUCCCGAGUUGGAAGGUUGGGCCAAUCCAACGACUUGGCUAUGGCGUGUUGAACAAGGUGAUUCUCGUCUACAAGAAACCGUUUUGGGACCAGACACGCCACAUUUUUGGAGCUCUACGACGCCCUGAGAAUGUUGACAGCCUCGACCAGGUGGACUAUCGCUCACAACGUGGACGCUUUUUCCAAUUCUUGGACGUCACUGCUACUACCGGCCUUCCGUGUCUGGUCGCCCUCAUGGCGGGUGAUGCUGCCGUUGACACCGAAACCGCGCUAGACGACGAUCUGGUCAGGGAGGCGACUGAAGUUCUCAGGACGAUAUUUGGGCAAAGCGUGCCUCCUCCUUUGGAGGUUACGGUGGCUCGCUGGGCCAAGGACCGGUUCUCCCGAGGAAGCUACUCAUCGUCAGGGCCUAGCAUGCUCCCGACAGACUACGAUACUAUGGCGAAGCCCGUAGGUAACCUUUACUUUGCCGGCGAGCACACCAUUGGAACGCACCCGGCGACUGUCCACGGCGCCUACCUAUCUGGGUUACGCGCUGCGGGCGAAGUCCUGAGCUCCCUCAUCGGCGACAUCGACAUACCAACACCUUUGCUGGUCCCUACAGAGUCGCAGGCACUUAAAAGAAAGCUCUUGGAAGAGCCCAAAGACCCCCUGGGCAUCUACGAGGAGCAGGUUUACUAUCACACCAUCAGCCAAAUCGGAGAGCGUCCUAUGCCCCCAGAGAAGCUCAACGUCAGCGCUUACCGCCUUUACUGCGCGACGAACCAGGACGCGGCGCGCGAACGGUGCCAGGCCGGGAUCCGACCCGGUAAGCGCAAGGGCAAGGCCGGUCCCAACGAGGUGCGCCACAUGCUUUCCAAAAUGUGGAAGCAGACGAGCCCGGAGGAGAAAAAGCCGUUCGAAGACAUGGUUGCCGAGCGAAAAGCUGCGUUUGUGGUCAAGCUGGCAGAGUACGAGCGACUUGCUCCCCAAUGGGACGAGCAGGCGGUCUCUGUGCGAGCUGCCUACAUAAGCGAGCACCCAUUUGUGCAGCCGGGGAUGGGGGAGGACGGAGUAGCUGCUGAUGGAAAUGAAGGGCGCGCGAUAAAGCAGAGAAGGAGGAAGCACGUCAGCUAUACAGAAAACAGGAUGGGGGUGACUCGGGCAUGA